GUGUUACGGUCAGUGCUUAGGACCGUGGGCGGAGGUGGAGGGGUGGGCCGAUCUGCCGCCGGAGCAGCAGCAGGAGCUCGCCAGCUGGUGCGAGCUAGCGGCACCGCCGCCGCCCGCGCCAGGACUCCCCCCGCUGCCGCCGCAGGACGCCGGGGAUGCUGUCCAGGCACGCCUGCCCUUGCACGAGCGGGACAUCGACGACAAGGGCCUCCGGAACAUGGAGUGGUGGGGCUCUCAGGCGGCCGCCCUGUCCACGGAGGCCCUCCUCACUGACCAGUGCGGCACGCUGACCGAAGUGCCGACGGCCCUCACGCACGCGGUGAACGAAGCUCGAGAGGCGGUGGCGGGCCACAUCAUCUGGAGCUUCGGCGACGAGGACGCCUUGCGGGGCUGGCGCCUUCUCCUCUGCCUCGACCGGCUACUGUUCGGGGAGCUGCGCCGCGACACGGAGGACAGCACCAAGACCGUCCGGGAGAGGGUGGCCGAGCGGUUGGACAUGUUUUGGGCGGGGGAGUGGGACCAGCUCAUGUGCCUCACGUCGGCGCGGGUCAAAACACGCUCCGCGCAGAAAGGCUUGUCCAAGACCGCCCAGCGCAUCCGGUACCUCUUGCACAAGGGCGAGCUGGGGAGGGCGUGCCAGGCAGCCUGGGGAACGGCCAAGACCCGGGACGUGGGCACUACACGCCAGGCAUUUCUCACGCAGCAGGGCUUGGGCGAGAACGUGGACCAGGUCGACGGGGGCGCGGAGGAGGACAUGGACGUGGAGGAGGAGGAGGACCGGGAGGAGGACGCCGAGGCCCGUCGCAACCGUGCGCGCACCCUGGCAGCCGACGUGUCCGCGCACCUCAUGGGGAACUGGUCGCGGGUGCCGCGGGGAGCAGGUUCGGGCCCAUUGGGUGAUCGCUUUGAGCACUGGCGGCCUCUCGCCCACGCGGGCAUGAGUGGCGAGAACACCGCGCAGGUGCUGGGGGACCUGUGCAUCGGGAACGUGCCGAGCGAGGCGAAGGACCUCCUGCUUGCCGGGCGCUUGCUGGGCAUCGCCAAGCGGGACGCGGGCACGAGAGUGGUGGCAUCUGGAACGGUCCCACGCCGAUUGAUCGGCCAGGCCGUGUGUGCCACGCGGAAGGCGGAGAUUCGCAGCGCUGUCGGGCCCUACCAGUAUGGCGUCCUGGAGCCGGGCGGGGCCGAAGCCUUGCAGAAAACGAUCACCGCCCACGCAGAGUCGCACCCCGACUGGGCUUUCAUCAGCGUGGACGUCCGGUCAGCUUUCCGCCGCCUCCGCCGCAGGCGCCUUUUCCGGGCCCUCCGCACGCGGUGCCCUGACUUGGAGCUGCUCGCCCGGUCAAUCUACGACCGGGGAGGGGUGCACGCGGUCGCAGGGGAGGGCGAGGCCAGCUCCACGGGUUGCCCACUUUCCCCAGCGCUGUGGGGCAUAUUCCUGGCGGGCCCCCUCGACGAGCUGAACGCCCGGUUGCGCACGUUGCACGCUGAGGCCAAGGCGGUCGCCUUCUUGGAUGACGUCUACCUGUGGGUUCCCCGGGAGUGCGCCUCCGCAGCCCUGCGGCUCACGACGGAACUCCUCGCGAACACGGGCCUCGAGGUCCACGGUGGGAAGACCAAGGUCUGGGUGCCGGCGGCCGCGGGCGAGCUGCCAGACGGGCUCCGCCACGUGGCCGUGCCAGCGCUGCCCUGCUUGGGCAGCACCCUGCCGUUCAUGAGGAACCACAGGGUGACGGAGGAGGACGGCGACGACUGGCGCGACGUCACCGCUGGGGUGGGGGCCGCUGACGAGGUGCCUCGGGCCGUAACGCGCCUGCAGAGUUUUAACGAGAGGCUCCAGUCCUUGGCCAUGGCUGGGCUCCCCAUUCACGAGGCCUUCGUGCUGCUGCGCAACUUCGUGAACGGCUCCACCACCUACGCCCAGAGAGCACGCCCAGGAGCCCCCGAGACGUGGAGGCCCUACGACGACUGGGUCGUCCACUUCGUGGGUGAGUGGCUCGGCGGGCCGCUGUCUGCGGUGUCGCGGGCUGUGCUGUUCUUGCCGGCCAGAGAAGGAGGGGGCGGCUUCUCUUCUGCCGAGCAGCGCGCCGACCCGGCCACCCUGGGUUCUUGGUCAACCACGUGGCGGGCAGUGCUCGCCGCGCAGGGCCUGUCCACGCUGGACGAGAGCGAACGCGCCGCCCCAGGCUUCCACGCGGUGCUUGCGCAGGCCCGCCAGCGCACCGGCACCCGCAGGUGUGCCGGCGGAGGUCCUUCCCAGCGCGACCUGACGCGGUCGGCACAGGCCCGAGAGCGCCGGCAGCUGGGGCAGGCGCUUGACCCGGAGGGGGCGAGCCUUCUGCGCAGCCAGGGGGCGGAAGGGGGCGCGUGGCUGCAAGUGCCUCGCCGCGACGAGCGCACGCUGGCCGACGACGAGUUCUGCGUGGCCUACCGCCGCCGCUUGCUCUUCGCGGACCCAGCGGGGCAGGGCGGGGCGCCGUGCCAACACCGCUCACGCCGGACGGACCACCCGUGCGCAUCGGUGGCGCGCCAGCGCUACGGGAGCCACGCCUGCUGCUGCGACAAGGGCCCGGGCUUCUGUCGUAGGCACAACAGAUGCCGCGACGCGCUGGCAGCCUGGUGCAAGCGAGAGUGGGGAGAGGAAGAGGCACUCACCGAGCAAGCGUGCCCAAGAUGGGACCGCGUGCGCGCAGACGGCACCAUGGAGAGGGCAGUCCUCGACGUGGUGUUGCCGCACGACCCCGUCAGCUCCGGCCCCCUCGCCAUCGACGUGAGCGUGGUCGAGAUCACCACACCAGACCCGGGCUUGGCAGCGGCCAGGUCUCGGCGCGACGGCCAGGCGGCCGCCGAUCGGGAGCGAACAAAACACCAACGCUACCCGGGAGGCGGACUGCUGGCCGCUGCGCUCGAGACGGGCGGGCGGUGGGGCUCGGAGUUCCACCGCUGGGCCAAGGCUGCGGCGCCCGGAGGCCUCCGGCGCGCGGAGGCGCUGGCCGACCUGCGCCAGAGCUUGGCCGCGGCCCUGCAGCGCGGGGUAGCCGCGCAGCUGCUCUCCGGCGCGGCCGGCCUCCCGCGCCCCUGGCAGAGGCCUCACUAG